UCCAACCUUAGAGGUCCACCGCUUUCCUCACCAUCCCCGUGGUUUGCCCCAACCAGUUCAAACUCCAACCGUUGCUUCCCAAAGCAUUUUCACUGUUUAUGGGUGUUUCUUUAAUGUCAACAAACUACAUGCAUUAUCAGACUAGUACAUUGUAAAUCAGCCCCUAGAAGAUAACACAUUCCCCUAGUAUUCUUGCAGUACUUCUUUCACUACUCCCCAGAAUUCCCAAAAGCUUCAAUCUUUACUCUCCAGUCUUCAUCAUCAUGCUACCCAGAAGCAAAAGCCGCUUGCUUUUUUCAUUGGUCACUUUUUUAAGUUGCUUAUUCAGCUUGUUGAGAUUUGCUGAGUCUGAGGUUCCCCAAGAUGAAAUUGAUGCUCUGGAAGAAAUUACUAGUACAAUGGGUGCUAAGUAUUGGAAGUUCAAUGGUGGUUCUUGCCAAAUUGAAAUGGUUGGGGUAACCAUGGAGCCGCCAAAGGAAGCUGAGAGUAGUGUUGAAUGUCAAUGCAACAACACUGUCUGUCACGUCGUAAAGCUAGGACUCAAGAGGUUUAGUCUACCGGGCACACUUCCACCUCAACUGGUGAAACUUCCUUAUCUUAGAGAAAUUGAUUUCGUUUAUAAUUAUCUUAGUGGUACAAUACCACCAGAAUGGAGUUCAAUGCAAUUAACUUCAAUCUCCCUUCUUGUAAAUCGCUUAUCAGGGGAGAUUCCAGAGGAGCUGGGAAAUAUUACCACUCUCACAUACCUGAAUCUUGAAGCAAAUCAAUUCUCUGGAGUUGUUCCUCCUCAGCUUGGGGGUUUAAUCAACUUGGGAAGUUUGAUAUUAUCCUCCAAUUAUUUGACUGGAAACAUACCAAAGACAUUCGCUGGGCUAAGAAAUUUAACAGACUUUAGGAUAAAUGAUAACAACUUCAAUGGGGCUAUACCUGAUUUUAUACAGAAUUGGAAACAACUCGAUAGAUUAGAAAUACAUGGCAGUGGGCUUCAUGGACCUAUCCCAUCAAACAUAUCUCUCCUGAGUAAUUUAGUUGAGUUGAGGAUUAGUGAUAUAAAUGGAACAGAGCAGGAUUUUCCUAUGUUGAAAAACAUGACUGGCCUAGUCAGAUUGAUUCUGAGAAACUGUAACAUUUCUGGUGAGAUCCCUCCUUACCUAUGGACACUGCAGAACCUGGAAAUGUUGGAUGUAAGUUUUAAUAAGUUGAUAGGGGAAAUUCCAACGACAAUCAGCUUACAGCGUUUGAGAUUCCUAUUCUUAACUGGCAACUCUCUGAGUGGAAGUGUACCAGACUCAAUCUUCAAAGAUGGAAGCAAUGUUGAUCUUUCGUACAAUAACUUCACAUGGCAAGGCCCUGAGCAACCUGCUUGUCAGGAGAACAUGAAUCUAAACCUGAACUUGUUUCGAAGCUCUUCAUCAGAGAGCAACUUAAGGAGAGGUCUUCCCUGCUUGAAGAAUUUGAUUUGUCCUCGUUAUUCGACUUGUUUGCAUGUAAAUUGUGGUGGGAAUGACAUUACCAUCAAAGAAAAUAAAGAAAGCAUUUUGUAUCUAGGAGAUGGAGGAGUUGAAGGUGGCACUGCAGAGUACUUCUUCAAUGACAAUCAUUAUUGGGGAUUUAGUAGCACCGGAGACUUCUUGGAUGACAACGAUUUCCAAAAUACACGAUACUCUUUAUCUCUGGCAUCUUCGAAUCACUCUGAAUUGUAUACAACGGCACGCAUAGCUCCAAUUUCAAUCACUUAUUUUCAUUACUGCUUAGAAAAUGGUGACUAUAUUCUAAGUCUGCACUUUGCGGAGAUACAGUUUACAAAUAACCAAACAUUUACAAGUCUUGGGAGGCGCAUGUUUGAUAUCUAUAUUCAGGAUAAACUAUGGUGGAAGGACUUCAAUAUUGAGGACCAGGCCAAGUUGGCUGAAACUCCAGUAGUAAUACAACAUAAUAUAAGUGUGACAAAUAAUGUCUUAGAGAUCCGAUUCUAUUUUGCGGGUAAAGGGACAACUAGGAUUCCUGACAGAGGAGUUUAUGGUCCCCUUGUCUCUGCUAUUUCAGUGAAAUCUGAUUCCAAACCUUGCUCAAGUGGUGGGAAUAAGGGAACUACUCAAAUUGUCAUUGGGGCUGUAGUAGGAGCACUAUGCCUAGUAUUUCUUGUUUUAGGAAUCCUAUGGUGGAGAGGCAACUUACCAGGAAAACUGGGCAGAAAGAAAGAUGGACAAGAAUCUGAUCUCCAGAUGGGGAAUUUUACCUUAAAACAACUACAAGCUGCCACUAAUGACUUUGAUUACAUUAACAAAAUUGGAGAAGGUGGUUUUGGUCCUGUGUACAAGGGUCAAUUGCCUGAUGGCACAGUGAUAGCAGUGAAGCAGCUUUCCUCUAAAUCAAGGCAAGGAAAUCGUGAAUUUUUAAAUGAGAUGGGCAUGAUAUCUUGUUUACAACACCCGAAUCUUGUGAAACUUCAUGGAUGCUGUAUCGAAGGAGGUCAAUUAUUGCUGGUCUAUCAGUACUUGGAGAACAAUAACCUGGCUCGAGCUUUGUUUGGUCGAGGCACUCAGAUCAAAAUGGACUGGCCAACAAGGCAUAAGAUUUGUAUUGGGAUAGCAAGAGGACUUGCUUUUCUUCAUGAAGAAUCUGUAUUAAAAAUUGUUCACCGAGACAUCAAAGCAACUAAUGUGCUGCUUGAUGUGGACUUAAACCCUAAAAUAUCCGACUUUGGACUGGCAAAGCUUGAUGAAGAGGAGAAGACACACAUAAGCACUCGAGUUGCCGGGACCAUAGGGUACAUGGCACCGGAAUAUGCACUAUGGGGACACCUGACCUACAAAGCAGAUGUUUACAGUUUUGGAGUAGUGGCCCUGGAACUUAUUAGUGGGAAGAACAACAAUGCUUAUGUGCCAAGUGAUGAUUGUGUUUGUCUUUUAGAUUGGGCUUGUCAUUUGCAACAAUCUGGAAAGUUGUUGGAGCUAGUCGAUGAGAAGUUAGGGUCCGAGUUUGACAAAAAGGAAGCAGAGAUCAUGGUCAAAGUAGCUCUGAUAUGCACAAACGCCUCCGCUUCACUUAGGCCUAUCAUGUCUGAGGUGGUCAAAAUGCUUGAAGGACAAAAAGACGUUCCCGACGUGAUCCCAGAACCGAGUAGCUACAAGGAGGAUUUGAGGUUUAAGGCCAUGAGAGACCUCCAUCGCCAGAGGGGAACUGACAGUUCAACUAUGAGCCAAACACAAAUGACAGUCCAAACAUUCUGCUCCACCUCUACCAUUUCUGGCAUUGACUCCUAUGAAAUCAACCCAGAAUCAAUACCCACUUCGCAGAGGGGUUGUUGAUCAAUUGACACUUGAAAAGCCCUGAUGUUUGACUCCAUAGCAAACGAUACCUAGCAGUAGUGAAGAAUGAGGUUCCCUAUUUGUAGUAAGCUCUGGUAGUGAUGUGAAUGAAUACAAGACUAUAGCAAGAUAAAAGUGGAAGGUG